CGUCGCGGGGCGGGGCGGGCAAGCGGUGUCCGUAGGGCCUCAGCAGCCUGUCUUCAGCCGCUGCCCCUGCUGUCCCUCCGCUUGUGUCUGUCGCCUGCUUUUAGAGGAUACAGGCGACAGCCGGGGCUUUCAGGUGGUCGCGCAGCGGCCAAAAGCCUACGCGGAGCCGCCUUGUGAGCCAGGCGGGUUUUCUCGGCCGGGUCCGGGUCGAGGGGAAAAUGGCGCCGGCGCCCCUAGGCGUCCGGGAGGAGCAGCUCCCGGGGUGUCGGUCCGGACCCCUUUCCCGGCUUCUCUUCCUCGCCCAGGCAGUCCUCCUGCUGCCCGUCUCCUGGGCAGGCCUCUGCCCCGCACCCUGCUCCUGCCGCAUUCCUUUGCUGGACUGCAGUCGCAGAAAGCUGCCCGCGUCGAGCUGGAGGGCGCUGUCGGGCCCGCUGCCCCCCGACAUCGCCACCCUGGAUUUGAGCCAUAAUCGGUUAUCUGACUGGAACAUCAGCUUGGAAUCGCAAACUUUACAGGAAGUGAAAAUGAAUUACAAUGAGCUAACAGAAAUCCCAUAUUUUGGAGAACCAACAUCUAAUAUCACUCUACUUUCAUUAGUUCAUAAUUUAAUCCCAGAAAUAAAUGCAGAGGCUCUCCAGUUUUACCCUGCUCUUGAGAGUUUAGACCUCAGCUCCAAUAUAAUAUCAGAAAUCAAGGCAUCUUCAUUUCCUCGAAUGCAACUUAAAUACCUGAAUUUGAGUAAUAAUAGGAUAACUACUUUGGAGGCUGGUUGCUUUGAUAAUUUAUCCAGUUCCUUAUUAGUGGUAAAGUUGAACCGGAACCGACUUAGUAUGAUUCCACCUAAGAUCUUCAAGCUACCUCACCUUCAAUUCCUGGAACUUAAAAGAAACAGGAUUAAAAUUGUGGAAGGUCUUACAUUCCAAGGGCUUGACUCCUUAAGAUCUUUGAAAAUGCAGCGGAAUGGAAUUAGCAAACUUAAGGAUGGAGCAUUUUUUGGUUUGAAUAAUAUGGAAGAAUUAGAACUAGAACACAAUAAUCUUACACGAGUGAACAAGGGGUGGUUGUAUGGCUUACGAAUGUUACAGCAGCUGUAUGUGAGCCAGAACGCUAUUGAAAGAAUCAGCCCUGAUGCAUGGGAGUUCUGCCAAAGACUAUCUGAACUUGAUUUGUCUUAUAAUCAGCUGACUCGCCUGGAUGAAUCUGCCUUUGUGGGUCUGAGUUUACUGGAGAGAUUGAAUUUAGGAGAUAACAGAGUCACUCACAUUGCUGAUGGUGUGUUUAGGUUUCUUUCCAAUCUUCAGACACUAGACUUAAGAAACAAUGAAAUUUCAUGGGCCAUAGAAGAUGCUAGUGAAGCCUUUGCUGGACUCACAAGUCUUACUAAAUUAAUCUUACAAGGAAAUCAGAUUAAGUCAAUUACAAAGAAAGCAUUCGUUGGUCUUGAAUCCCUUGAGCAUUUAGAUUUGAACAACAAUGCUAUAAUGUCUAUCCAAGAAAAUGCUUUUUCUCAGACUCACUUGAAAGAACUGAUUCUAAACACAAGCAGUUUGCUCUGUGACUGUCAUUUGAAGUGGUUACUUCAGUGGCUGGUUGAUAAUAACUUUCAUCAUUCUGUAAAUGUGAGCUGUGCACAUCCUGAAUGGCUAGCAGGGCAAAGCAUCCUGAAUGUGGACCUGAAAGAUUUUGUCUGUGAUGAUUUUCUCAAGCCACAGAUAAGGACACAUCCUGAAUCCACAGUUGCUCUAAGAGGAGUUAAUGUGUCUCUGACAUGUACUGCAGUGAGUAGCAGUGAUUCACCCAUGUCCACUGUGUGGCGCAAAAAUAGUGAAAUCCUAUAUGAUGUGGAUAUUGAGAAUUUUGUUCGUUACCGGCAGCAAGCUGGAGAAGCUCUGGAAUAUACUAGUAUUUUACAUCUUUUCAAUGUGAAUUUCACAGAUGAAGGAAAAUACCAGUGUAUUGUUACUAAUCAUUUUGGUUCCAAUUAUUCUCAAAAAGCCAAACUGAUAGUGAAUGAGAUGCCAUCUUUUCUGAAAACUCCAAUGGAUCUGACUAUCCGCACUGGUGCCAUGGCCAGAUUAGAAUGUGCUGCAGAGGGGCACCCUGUACCUCAGAUUUCCUGGCAGAAAGAUGGUGGUACUGACUUUCCUGCGGCUCGAGAAAGACGCAUGCACGUCAUGCCUGAGGAUGAUGUCUUCUUCAUUGCCAAUGUGAAAAUAGAAGACAUGGGAAUCUAUAGUUGCAUGGCGCAAAAUAUAGCAGGAGGCCUCUCAGCAAAUGCCUCUCUAACAGUUUUAGAGACACCCUCAUUUAUUAGACCUCUGGAAGACAAGACAGUAACCCGAGGUGAAACGGCUGUAUUACAGUGCAUAGCUGGAGGAAGUCCUGCUCCACGCCUCAAUUGGACUAAAGAUGAUGGACCACUGCUGGUGACAGAGAGACACUUCUUUGCUGCUGCCAACCAGCUUCUCAUCAUUGUAGAUGCUGGACUAGAAGAUGCCGGGAAAUAUACCUGUAUCAUGUCUAAUACCCUUGGGACAGAACGUGGCCAUAUUUACCUAAAUGUCAUUUCAUCCCCCAAUUGUGACUCUUCUCAGAGUAGCAUUGGGCAUGAAGAUGAUGGCUGGACUACAGUUGGCAUUGUCAUCAUUGUUGUGGUCUGCUGUGUUGUGGGCACCUCUUUAAUCUGGGUCAUUGUUAUUUACCAUAUGAGAAGGAAAAAUGAAGACUAUAGUAUCACAAACACAGAGGAGCUCAAUUUGCCUGCAGACAUUCCUAGUUACUUGUCUUCCCAAGGAACACUGUCUGAGCCACAGGAAGGAUACAGCAACUCUGAGGCAGGCAGUCACCAGCAGCUCAUGCCUCCUGCCAGUGGAUAUAUACACAAAGGCACUGAUGGUGGCACUGGUACCCGGGUGAUCUGCUCAGAUUGUUACGACAAUGCCAACAUAUACUCAAGGACCCGUGAAUACUGUCCAUACACCUAUAUUGCUGAGGAGGAUGUUCUAGAUCAGACACUAUCCAGCCUCAUGGUCCAGAUGCCCAAGGAGACAUUUUUGUCACAUCCUCCCCAAGAUGCCACUGUCUUGGAGAGCCUGAUAUCAGCAGACAGAGAGCUGUCUGCCUUUCCUACUAACAAUGAUAGAAAAAGUGAGAAGAAACUUCCCUGCACACAGAUGAGCAAUGAAACAUUGCAACGGCCUCUGUGGAACAUAAACAGAGAAUUAGGCCUGUCUCAUCCGCCCUUUUCCCAACAACCAGUCCUUGAGUCACCACAACUUCAUCGAAAUGAAGGCCUGGCAGAGAGAGAUCCAGACUCUUCUUCCCCCAUGCCCUGCCACAGGUUACAUGACCAUGCUUUUGAAUUUAGUAGGACUCGGAACAUUCAAGAUGGUAGUGAGGGUACAUGAAACCCACUCUAGGAUAAAAUCUGGGCAGAGACAAAAGUGAACUAAUUUGUACUUACUACCUCAGAGUUCAGAAGAAACCCCAAAGUCAGCAUUUGCUUUACUCUUUGUUCAUGGUUACAUCUGACCACACCAAGGUAGGACAGGCAUUUGGGUUUAUGCCUGAUGAAGGAAGGGUAACAGCUGACAGAAAUGGGUAUAUCAAAUCAAAAUUAUGCAGCACUGGCAGAGGAAAAUACAAGACAAAUGUGCUUCCUGAUGGUUCCAUGGAGAUAUGCCGAGGUGUGCUUUGCCUAUCAGGAAGGUCUGAUUGCUGCUUAACCUGCUGGAAUUAUCUUAAUUCUCAGAACAACCCUGAGAAAACAUUACUGCUUUGAUGUUCUACUCUACCUUCCAAGAGCAAAAAUAACUUUGGAGCCCUCUGGGAAGUGUGCCUGGGGUUCUUCAGUGGUUUUAAGCAGGUAGUUGAGCCUGGGGCUUUGAUAUUCAAGGUCUUCAGCAAGAAUCCCAGUUUGACCAGCUGGUAUUAGGUCAAAAGUUUUUGUAUUCUUGAGGUUUUUUUUUUUUUUUUUGGUCCCUAUUGCCCAGGGAACUCAUUGUAAAUAUGUGUGUAUUUAUAAAUAAUUUUUCUAUUCAUUGACCAUGUGUGUUGGUUGUAAUGUAAAUAUUUUUGAUAUGCCAGAAUUAUAUAUAAUGUGUCUCUAGUUAUUAUAUUGACAGCAGCUUCUCAGAUCAAAGAUUUUGUAUAACUUAGAUCUAAAAACUGUCUAAAGUUCUAAAAACUUAUUUGUUAAGUAUAUGUAUAGAGGCAGGGUACUUGGUGAUUAUGCACAUAUAACACAGUCUUGGUGAAAUUAACUGCUUCACGACAGACGGUUCAUACAUUUAAUCAUUUGCCAUCUAUUUACAAGCACCAGGUGACAUUCCCUUUCUAGCAUUAAAAGCCAGGCUGUUUCAGAGCCUGGCUGUCUCAUCACAACCUUAUAAACAGAAGAAGACUUGUUUGGGGACUAUCUUUUUUCAGCAAAAUACUUCAUUGACAGGGAAACCAAAGAUUGCUUCUUCCUGUGUUUGUAUUGUUUUUAGGAAGAGCAUACAGAAGAUGUUCCUAUACUAUAAAGCUUUAGAGUGGUCCUUGUUUUUUUUACAAGUGAUUAUUUAAGCCAAAAAGUUUUUUUUUCUUCAAAUUUCAUAGCAAAAAGCUUUAUGUGAAGGAAGAACUUAACAGUCUAAUGAAAUAUAGUGGAUUAAAGUUCUUUCUUUGUGCUGUCAGAUUUCUUUAUACACUGUUUGAUUCUCUAUUCUAAUAUUCUUAACUAUAUAAUUUUAACCUCUUAAAAAUAUCUAAGUCAUGCAUAUCCAGGGUUCUAAACUCACAUCCUUUCUCAGCUUUUUGUCAUAAAGUUUAGCUGAAUUUUCUACUUGGUUUUAAUCAGUUUUUCUCCUGUGGGCAGCAGCACUUCUUUACCUCUUGCACCUGUUACCUUUUUCCUCUUGCACCUGUCAGAGUCUGUUCAUUUUCACUUUGAACUUAAAUAAGACAGUUUUUCUAAACUUUUUCAGUCUGCAUCUCUCUUCUUAGGAGGUUGUGGUAUUGGUUGUACUGGACUGACAGGAAUUAAGAAACCUGGUUCACUUCUGACUCUGCUCUUUACUAGCUGGGUAAUCAAGCGUGAGUCCUUGGACUUUCCUAGGCUCAAUUUCCUCAUUUAUGAAACGAGGCAUUUUAUUUUACUAGAUGCUCUUUCCAGCCCUUUCUAGCUCUUUUAGGAGCUGAAGAGGAUUAUGCCACUUUAAUAAAAAGCUGCUUUUGUGAAGUAUUUUGUUAGAGUUGAACAAGAAUGAUACUGCUUGCUCUAACUUGAUCCAUAUUUAUUUCCUCUAUAGUAGGAAUAAUGGUGUAAGAAAUACUCAUGAGGAGCCAGGCAUGGUGACACACACCUGUAAUCCCAGUGACUCAGGAGGCUGAGGCAGAAAGAUUCCAAAUUCAAAGCCAGCCUCUGUAACUUAGUGAGACACUAUCUCAAAAUAAAAAAUUAGAAAAGGGUUGGGGAUGGGGCUCAGUGGUUGAGUCCCCCUGGGUUCAGUCCCUGGCACCAUAAACAGACAGACAAAUACUUGUGAGGAAAAAUAUUCUUUUUUAAAAAUUUUGUUUUGAUUGAACCCAGGAGCACUUAGCCACUGAGUCACAUCCCUAGGCCUUUUUUGCAUUGUAUUUAGAGAAAGGGUCUCAACUGAGUUGCUUAGUGCCUCACCAAGUUGCUGGGGGCUGACUUUGAGCUCUGAUCCUCCUGCCUCAGCCUCCUGAGCUGCUGGGAUUACAGGCAUGCACCAUCUGCCUGGCAAAAUAUUCUACUUCUAAACAGUUAUCAUCAGUAACCUUAAAUAAUUUUGUCUCAGUUGAAAAAUCAACCUUUGCUUUCUAGAGCAGCAGAUCUGAAUGCUAGAAUUACAGCACAGCAGAGUAUCAAGAUCAUCUGAGAGGUGGGCCACAAUUAAUUUGUAACUAGUUUGUGCCUUGCUUCCCUUUCUAAUGUACUCAAAGUUAUCGUACUCUAACUCAAAGAGAGAUUUUCCUGAGUGGUAAAUGUGGAGUUAGGCUGGGUUGCCAGAGUUUGUGCCCACGAAUAUUAGCUAUUAUAUGUGGAGAGGGCAGAAAACAGGUGUGAGUCACUGCUCUAGAGACUGUAGUGUGUGAAUCACUGCUCUCUCCAUCCAGGUGUGCUCCCUCCAUGCUGCUCAUGCUGACAGUGGUGUCAAAGUCUGGUGCCCUGAGGAGCCAGGUUAUCCUUCCUUAUAUCAGCUCAAAUGGUUGAAACCUCCACCCACAUAUUCCAAGCUUGCCUGAAUAACUAGUCAGGAAUCUGUCUAAAUACAAAGAGCCUACCUUGGGUCUUAAAAUAAUAACUACAACAUCUAAUCCUAGGAAGAAUUUACUUAAUUGCUUUUUUCCCCCCUCUCCCUUUCUGGUACAGGAUUGAGCCCAGGUCCUUGCACAUGUUCUACCACUGAACUAUAUGUCCAGCCCUUUUAAUUAUUUUAAGACAAGAUCUUGCUAAAGUUGCUUAGGCUUUUUAGAACUUGAGAUCCUCCUGCCUCAGCUUCCUCAGUAGCUGGGAUUACAGGUGGGCAUGUAUUUCUAACCACGUAAAACACUGAUCAGUGCUUCACCAUCUAAUGUAAACAGGAUUGAUGGCUUACCCAUGCUUUUUUCUAUCAGUACAUUGUCCGCUUAAUGCUAAUUUAAUCAGGGAUGUUGCAAAGAAAGGCAAACAAAUGCUAAGAGAAAUCUGUCUCCCUACCCAGUUAUCCCUUCAUUUUAAUAGGGAUACAUAAAUGUUCUUAAUUUGUGCCCCUCUUAGGUUUUUUCUUUCUUUUCUUUUUUGGUACUAGGGAUUGAACCCAGGGGCGCUUAACCACUGAGUCACAUCCCCAGCCCUCUUUUUAGUAUUUUAUUUAGAGACAGGGUCUCACUGAAUUGCUUAGUACUUCACUAAAUUGCUGAGGCUGGCUUUGGGCUCGUGAUCCACCUGCCUUAGCCUCCCAUGCCACUGGGAUUACAGGCAUGCACCACCAUACUGCAGUUUCAUUGAACUUGAAGUCUUACUAACACAGGAACUCUACUUAAGCCAUUAACUUUCUGUUUAUCGGCAUCUUCUAAAUACUUUCCUUGUAUGCAAGCUACUUUCUAGAAUAGGAAAUGUCAGGAACCUGGCCCAGUGUACAGUUGCACCUUAAAGUGCCACAUCAGAAUGCUUUGAGUGUGUAUUUUUCUGUAACUUUCGUGUUGCCUGUACUUUGCCCAUUAAAGGGUUAUAAAAGGAACUUAGGCUGUUAAAGCAGUUUAGACUGUUUCCCAUUUUCCUAUCUCCCUAAAGGGAGAUGUUAUAAAAACCUUAACUUAAAGGUUGUCAUAUGAAAUGACAGGACAGGUGUCAUCUACAUGAAAGUGCACCAUAUACCUGCUAAUAAUUCUAUAUGAGUUAACUCUCUAAACAAUCACAUUUGUCUGACAAGUGGAACAGUCAGCCUUUUGGGGGAAAGGUACAUUGAGAGUCUAAUAAUCUUUUAAUAGUGUUAUAUUUCUGUUUGAGAUGGAAUAUGGGCAUGAUGACUUUUAAGUUCUCUUUAUUGCUAUUGGAACUUUCCAUGCAAUCUGACAGUCUUAGAAUUUUACCCUUCAAAAUCUUUUGUGUUUAGUUGAGAGUACUUCAGUUUUUGUUUUGUUUUGAUGGCACUGGAGAUCGAACCCAGGGUCUUUUAUGUGCUAGGCAAACAUUUUACCACUGAGCCACAUUCCCAGCUCAGAAUUUUUUUAAACUAAAGAACUUUGGGACCAUGAGUAACAAAAAGGAUGUGACCCAUGAUCAUGACUGAAAAUGUAAAAUUAUGGGCUUGUUCUAAAGAGAACUAAUGCAAGCAGCAUUACUAUGGUGAAAAAUUCAAAGCUUGUGUUGCAUUAUAACUCUCCUUUUUGCUCUUUGAUUAAUUUUUCUUCUUUUUUUUUUUGGUGUCAGAUAUAUUAGGAUAUAUAAAGAUAAUGAUUGGAUAAAAAAUUCUGAACUUGACUAAAUAUGAAAAGAUAUAUUCCAAAAUAGAGAAUGGAUAAGAGACAUAAGAAGGUUUUAUAUAUGUGUACAUGUAUGUAUAUGUAUGUUUUAUAUACAUAUAUAAAAAUUUAUAUAUGUGCACAUUCAAGUGUUUAUGUCAUAAAUAGAAAUGAGAGAACUUGGUUUUUUUCUUAUCUAUUCCCAGUUGGAAUGGUGUUGGAAUUAUAGUGUUCAGUUUUAUAUUCAAUAUUUUACCUGGUGUGGCCUUUUUUCAUAAUUAUAAUACCACAGAAAUGCCAAGGGGGUAAUAGAUCAACAGAGGUAAGUUUGCUGUUGGGUUUUUUUUCUCCCCUGGGUCUGGGUUUUGAAUCUGUACAUGCUCUGCCCCUGAGCUGUGCCCUGAGCCCCGAGCCCCAAAUGUGCUAUCAUUUUAUGUGACAGCUUUCAUUUUUAAAUUUGCUCAUUAAUACAGAUUAUAGAGGUAAUUGUGAAAACAGCUGGACCUUAGAAGGUUGAGCUUUCUUUCUUGGCAAGUAACUUUUUCUGUUAAAUGAUCUUUCUCAUUUCAGCUCAGCAGGGGCUUUUCUUUCCUACCUCUUCUACCUUUAACUUUUCGUUUGAGGUUAACUGAUAUUUAUUUAGAUUGUACUCCAGUUAAUUUAUUUCCUCCCUCCUUCCCUUCUUUCCCCAAGUUCUGUAUUAAGAGAUGUGUUACAAAUUGCACUUAAAACACUUGAAACCCCAAGAAUCACCUGGAGGGCUUGUAAGUAGUAAGGUGGUGUGUUUGUGUUUUCUGGUGUUGGGGAUCAAAUCUGGGGCUUUGUAUAUUUUAGGCAAGUGCCCUACCAUUGAGCUACAUGUCCAGUCUCCAGGGGUGUGUGUUUUAAGAGUUAAGAUUCAAGCCCCCUCUUUCAAGGUUGUGUGCUGUUUCUUAUCAGUCCUAAUAAUCCGCAAAGGGUGUGGGUAGGUGAAGAAACAGCUUGACUUGUUUGUGCCUAUUUUCAAAUGUAAGAAGUAAAGUGGUCUUAUGCCAAUUAUAACUGUUUUGGAAGAGAAAUUGAUCAGCAGGUGGUUAAGUGCUCUUGAAAUAUCUCUUGGCUAUUUAAUGUGGCCUCUUGAUCCAUAGAGACUUAAUUCUACCCUAUACUUUCCCCUGUUCUCUUUUUCCCUUAUUAGAGGAUGUCAGUCUGAGCAGCCCUGGUAUUAGAUGUACCUAAAGAAAAGUAAGUGUAAGCCAACUUGUUGUUCGGUGUGGUUCUUUCCUGAUAUUUAUAUUUUCUCACACAUAAGAAUGUAUAUUUUAUAGAGCAUGUGUUUUGUCUACUUGUUUGUCUACUGUAAUAUGUCUUCAAUAAAGCUAAAAUACAUUA